GUUGUAAUGGUUUUGUCGUGUAAAGCCGGUGGUUUCAAUAUGGCACAAUUGUCUUCUCUUUUCGCUUUUAUUCUGCUAAAGUUUUUUACAGGCUUUCUAUUUUAUAAUUUUUUUAACGUAAGUGUGUACGCAGAAGAUACCGCGGGAGCGAAAUAUGUACUAAAAGAGAUAGAGAUUAAAUCUGACGGAAAGCCUGUUAGAAUAUUUACAGAUGCUGAAUUAAAAAACUACGAUGGAUCGGAUGACAAACAGCCAAUAUAUAUGGCAAUAAAAGGUGUAGUUUUUGAUGUGACUCAAGGCAAAAAGUUCUAUGGAAAAGACGCACCUUACAAUGUCUUGGUUGGUAUAGAUAGCACCAGAGCUGUAGCUAAAAUGUCCCUUGAACCAGAUGAUCUCACCAGUGAUGUAUCCAAUUUAUCAGACAGCUAUCUGAAGUCGUUGGAUGAAACAUUUGAAGGAACAUACCUGGCUAAAUACCCUGUUGUUGGCUAUAUGGAUUCUCUCUUAGAAAAGUACCCUGAAAAGUUUGCUCAACUUAAAACUGUUAAAGUAGAGUUGUGAUAAUGCUAAGUGUUAGCUACAGUUUGUUAAAGUGUUAAAGUUAUGAAGAAAAGACAAGGCUUUCAGCAACAAUUUUUGUUCCAUCUUGUUUCCAAUUUGUCCAACCUAGUAAAAUAUGUGAUAUUUACUGUUUUUAUGUUCUUCUCAUAAAGUUAUUAUGAUACUUUUUACUUUUACACCAUCUAUGCAAAAAUACCACCAAUUUUGUAAUUGUUUACUGGAGAUGCUCUUUUUUUAAAUUAUUUACUGGGGUUGCUAUUUUUUUUAAAUUAUGUACUAGAGUUGCACUUUUUGAAAGGAGGAAAACAAGUUUUAAAUGAAAGAUAUUUUGUAAUUCUUGUGAAAGGUGUUUUGUUUCCAUUCUAUGUCAAGCUCUCUACAUAAAAUAUCAAACAUAAAAUAUCAAACUGUCUACAUAAAAAAAAUUAAACUGUAUUCAAGACUUCUUCUCGUUUUCUCUGCACAAUGUAUGCUAGCUGGUCAAACAUAAUAGUGUUCCUUCAUCUUUCUCAUUGAGUGGUCAGACAUGCUUGUUAGAAAUGGGUGUCUGCGCUUUGGAUCAGGUUGGGUCUUCUCUUCCUAUGACAAAUAAUGCAGGUGCUAAUCCAGAUUUGACCACCCUUGAAAGUGUUCAUUCAGUUUGUUAAUUAAUUCCAUAUUUUUACAUGUUAAUGUUAUCUGAAAAGUACAAUUUGCAUAUCAAAAUAAACAUGGUUGUGAUAAA